GCGCUGCGCCUGAAACUCGGGGGCGUUAAGACCCAGCAGAGGUACAAUAGUGAACAUCUGUCGCCUCGGUCUCCUCUGUAUGAAAUGCGCCUGGACUCCGGUCUGAAGACACAGCGGCGGCGGAGGGCAGGCUGGGAGUAGUGGAACCGGGGGACGGCAGCGGUUGGACGCCGGACCAUGAGAGAAAGUGGAGCCGGACGCACUGAGCCGCAGCGAUAAGCCAACAUGAAGACACCUAUGCGCCAUGGGGUAGCCGUGCUUCUCGUGCUCCUCCUGUGCGCCAGCCUCUUCCUGGUCUACAACGGGAGCUUCAACAGCACUUCCAGGGACGCAAACGACACGCGCAUCCGGCAGCAUGAGCAGCUGCGGCGGCCCACCGAAGCCUCCGUCAGGGUGGCCAAGCCUCACCCCCCGGUCCUCCAGGGAUACAGCGGCAUCAUCGACCAUAAGCCUCUCAAGAUGCACUGCCACACCUGCGCCCUGGUCACCAGCUCCGGUCACCUCAUCGGAGGCGGCCGAGGCGAAGAGAUCGACCGGGCCGAGUGCGUCAUCCGGAUGAACGAUGCCCCCACCGCCAGGGGUUACGCCCGCGACGUCGGCCGCCGCACCUCCCUGAGAGUCAUCGCUCACUCCAGCAUGCAGCGAGUCCUGAGGAGUCGCCACGAGCUGCUCAACGCCAGCCAGGACACGGUGUUCAUCUUCUGGGGACCCAGCAACUACAUGAGGCGCGAUGGGAAGGGCCUGGUGUACAACAACCUGCGUCUGAUGAACCAGGUGCUGCCCAAACUCAAAGUCUACAUCAUCUCCUGGCAGAAAAUGCUGCAGUUUGAUGAGCUCUUCAAGAAGGAGACGGGCAAGGACAGGAGGAUAUCAAACUCCUGGCUGAGCACCGGCUGGUUCACUAUGACCAUCGCCCUGGAGCUGUGCGAUAGGAUCAACGUCUACGGCAUGGUGGCCCCUGACUUCUGCAGGGAGCCUCAGCACCACUCCGUCCCGUAUCACUACUACGAGCCACGAGGUCCGGACGAGUGCGCCAUGUACAUCUCUCAUGAGCGUGGGCGUCGUGGCAGCCACCACCGCUUCAUCACGGAGAAACGGGUCUUCGCCAACUGGGCACGGACGUUUGACAUCCACUUCUACCAGCCGGACUGGAGCCCGCCACCUCUGCCGGCCAACCGGACGCUGGACAGGGCGUUUACGGCGGCUCCCCAGAAGACGUGACUGGAAGAUUCAUCCCAGGAGGACUGAGCGUGGGGAGCGUCUGCACUGGACCCUUUAAAAACAAGGAUAACACAUGAAGUAGGCAGGAAAUAUAGUAACUCCAGAUGUAAACAUUGUUUUGUUUACUGAGGUGAACCGUCCAUCGCUUUCUUGGAAAACCUUGACAAAGUGACAGGACAUUGAGUUUUGUCUAACUCAAGGUUAAAUUUGGCUUUUUGAAAGUGUGAAUUACAACUGCUCAGAUGUCAUAUUAAUCUGCAGUUUUCAAAGACUACAAGUCAAGUUGGAUGAGAUUCUCCAGACCCCCGUGUCACGCAACAAAGGCCCAUCAAACCCCCUUCAAAGCAGUCAUAUAAAUCACCUUCCUGACUUUCAUUCGCGCCGCCUUUCAGACGUGUGCAUUGUGAGGUCGAGUCAAACUUUGCAGCGCGCCACAUCCUGGCUGAAUGACAAGUGCGUGAGAUUCAGGUUUUUAUCUCGUGCGUGUCCGCCUUCUCCGGCCCUGUAUCACGAGGCUUUGUUGGCGCCUGUUACCAGUUAAUAGUGCAAUUUAUACAGCCACGAGCCGGAUUUCCAUGUAAAUGUGCACCCAUGUCACACAAGACAAGCGAGAGAUUAAGAUCGAGAGCCGGGAUGCAGCGGCUGCAUCCAUCCUACUACGGCGCGCUUGUCUGCUGCUGCUGCUGCUUCUCUGAGCCUCUGAGAAUUACACCGAUUCAGACAAUACUAGGUUUUCUUUAUUUGUCGAACCAAGUGUUUGAUCAGUCGCUCUCUCGAUUGUGCUUCGUGUGCACGCUCCUCUUUCAUUUGAUGGAGAACAUGCUACAUGUAGACUCCCCUCCUCUCCUCUCUUUCUCCAUGAAUAAGAAUCAGGUGUCAGUCAGGAGAAAGCGGUGAGACGUGUGGUUAUCUUAAUGAUACAUCCUGGUGCGAAGAUCCGUAUUGACUUGGCCCUCAUCUCUGUAAUGUGAGUGAUGAGAGGACAGACGCUGCGGGUCAGACACAUAGGGCGUACGCAGCAUGAAAGCAUGUUUCACGUCCCACUUCCUCGGUGGAGACGAGGACCCGAUUGCUUCUCAUACAUCAUAAACAGCUGCUGUUUGCAUCCCAGCUUGAAGUGCGGCUAACUUUGUUUUUGUAGCAAAGACCAAGAUGUGUUUUUAUGCUCCAGAGAUGCUCAUUCAUCCACGAAUGGCGGUUCGCAAAUAGCGUGUAUUAGCAAAGCGCUAAGGACUUGAAUAUUUUUGUUUUUUUGCUUAGUGAAAUGUUGUUUAGGGCUGCAGCUACUAUUUGCGUUAUACUAGAUUUGCUUUAUGAAAUGUCCAUUUUAACUACAGCGAGCCCAGCGUGAUAUUUUCAGACUGUUUAUGUGGAAAAACAGCUGUUCAAACUCCAAAGAUAUUCAGUUAAAUGUGGUAGAAAACAGAGAAAAGCAUCAAGUCUUCAACAUUUGUCAAGCUGAAACCAGUGGUAUUUUUGAGACAUUUGCCUCAUAAAUAACUUAAAAGUUCGGCAUUUUGGAAAAUAUGAUUUAUUCCCUGUCUUGCUGAGCGUUAGAUGAAAGGAUUGAUAUCUCUUGUGUCUCUGGACGGUUAGCUUUGCACAAACUGAAAGCUGAAAUGUAUUUACUGUUAUUAUUGCAUCUGCUGUACUACCCAGGAAGUGUUUGGUCACUUCCAACAAAUCCGCCACAACCUCACUCCUCCAUGGUGUGGAGGAAUUAUCAUACAGAUGAAA